AUGAGCCUCCCACUUACUGCACGGAAAAUUAUCUUCGUAUUUGGCGCCCUACUUGUUCUGCUAGUCAUCGUUCACCAUGGAGCAAACGCUCGAUUUCAUGGUCAAAAUCCUACGCCCUAUCCCCCCCCAGACUUCGGGCUGAAAGACCUGUCAGCUUUGUCUCUUCAAAGAAAAUUAGAGUAUCAUUUCUCGUACGACAUCGAUGCUGGGUUUCCUAAAUAUAUCUGGCAGACUUGGAAACACGCACGUGAUGAUGAAAACUUUGACCAAGACCUGAAACGUCUCGUGGACUCAUGGGACGGGCUCAAUCCAGAGUUCUCCCACACCGUGAUCCCUGACGAAGCGGCUUUUUACCUCAUAAAGAAGAUGUACAUUUCUAUUCCGGAGAUAGUUCAAGCAUAUCAAGACCUGCCCCUUCCUAUCCUCAAGGCCGACUUUUUCCGCUAUCUCAUGCUCCUCGCGAGAGGUGGGGUUUACACCGAUGUGGAUACAGAAGCACUGCAAGGCGUGCGCAAUUGGGUUCCAGCCGCGUUCAAUCAGUCAACCGUUGGCAUUGUCAUUGGAAUCGAGGCUGACCCCGACCGAGAUGACUGGGCGCAGUGGUACGCUCGCCGCAUUCAAUUUUGUCAAUGGACCAUCAUGUCGAAGCCAGGACAUCCCAUCUUGAUAAAUGUCGUGGAAAGAAUCACGAACAUCACAAAUCAGAUGAAGAAAGAUGGGCGUUUGAACAAGGCUGAAUCAGACAAGGUGGUGCUGGAGCACACUGGACCAGGCGUGUGGACGGAUGCUGUGUUUGCAUAUUUCAACGAUCCUGUUUAUUUCGACACCAGCUCCAUCAACGUGACAAACUCGGAUUUCUUCAACUUACGUGAGCCUAAACGUCUGGGAGAUACCGUCAUCCUACCCAUCACUAGUUUCAGCCCUGCAAUUGGUCAUAUGGGGGCAGAAGGAACCGAACAUCCGUUGGCGUUUGUGCGACAUGCAUUUAGAGGUAUGCAAUGCACUUGGAAAGAUAAAGCAGAACUCACUAGAAUAGGAUCAUGGCGCCCACAUGAAAAUCAACGAGGUGGCCCUUAA